UUUUUUUUUUGAAAAAUGAACUCUCAAGUGAUCUUUUUCAUCCUUUUGUCACUGGGCACUUUGGUUUGCGCUUUUCCACCCACCGCCUUGCGUAACUUUCACAGACAUCCCGGGAAAGAUUUUGAAUCUUCGGGAUAUGGACCAGACGAACCUAUUCGGGGAUCCGUCAGAGUUGUGAAACUGAGCCCGCAUUUUAUGCGGCGCGCCCCCGGCGCCAUUGGAAAUCAUGCGCCAUCAAGAAGCCGCAGCGCGUUUCCCGCUUUCUUGAACCUCGGGCGUCCCGGACCGUCUGUCCUGACCCAUAACAAACCCGAUGCCCUGCUCCAGCACCUUGGCGCGAGCAGCACCGGAGACGCAAUAAAGAAACAGAGACUCGAUAUGUGGCGGAGAGUGACGCACAAAAGCGAGCGAGGCAGAGAGGCCGUGGCGCUACGCGUCAAUCCUAAAAAGAUGACGAAACAGAGCUGUGCCGCAGUACCAUUCACACAGCGCAUAACGGAGGACGGCUGUGAGACGGUGACCGUUCACAAUCAUUUGUGUUUUGGUCAGUGCAGCUCUAUGUUCGUGCCCUCCGGCGGGGAGUCUCUGGGACAGCGGGAGGCGCACUGCACGCGCUGUGGCCCUUCCAAAUCACGCACUGUGCUCGUGCCCCUGCGCUGCGGGACAGAAGUGCGACAGAGACGCGUCAUGGUCGUCGAAGAGUGCCAAUGCCAAACUGGUAGCGGGGAGGUCAAAAAUCAGAACACUGAUAAGUCUCAUUUAUGAAACCAUAUUUGAACUUUUAGCGGCUUUUGAGGUACACCAGACUAAAUUGGUUUGGGGAUUUGACCACUUUCUUACACUGUCAGAAAAAUUUUUCCUGUCACUCUGGCAGUGCCCUGGAAAGGGUCCUAAUAUGUACAAUUUAGGUACAGAUAUGUACACAUUUAGUACCAAUAUAUGUACCUCUUGGGUAAAGAACUCUCUUGGUGCAAAGAUGCACUUUUUGAAAGGGUACAACCCAAGUGAAAAUUUGGGAACAUUUUUUAUGACAGACUGGAGGACCAGCUGAACACCAAGAUGAGAGGACCACCUGAAACCAGCAUAGACCAGCCAACCAACUUAGGUUGAUUUGAGCUGUUUCGGUGUUUGUGCUGAGGCCAAAUAUCCUCACUUACAGAAAUAUCAUGACUUGUGAUGAUAUUCUCUCUUUAUUUGUGUGUGUGUGCGGGACAGAAGAGAUCCGGGGAGAGUGUGAGCACUCAUUUUCCUCAGGAAUGAAUUAAUAGUCACACAAAUGUGGAAGAUUUGUGAUAAAUGUUGUGUGUGUCUGACAGCCAAUCUAAAUCAGAUUUGGUUUAUGCUGAA